UCAAUUUUUUUUCUUUUGAUGCGAUUCACACUCUUCACCACCUUCCCCGCUAUAUGUACGAGAAAUUGAAAGCAAAGAGACAAAAUUGAGGUGUGGAAAAAAUGGAGCAGCUUGUGGUCCUCACUGGCUCACUCUUCCUCUACCAGUUUUCCACUUUUUCUCCCAUUUAUAUUCCCUUUCGCCUUGGACUUGCUUUCAAUCCCUCCUUCGCAUCUCUUUCUCAUAUGCUUCACCUUCCCUGAUUCUGCACUCCCUCUCUCGUUCGUGGAUGGAUGCUGCAAAAAUAGACGGCUUCAUGCCAAAAAUGGCCAACCAGAAGCCGCCGAAGAGGGAGGCGACGGAGGAAUACGCCGGAAAAAAUGGCAAUGGGAAGAAAGGAUCCGGUGCUUCACGGUGCUGCCAAGCGGAUAACUGCACCGCCGAUCUCAGUGAUGAGAAGUACUAUCACAGGAGGCACAAGGUGUGUGAGGAUCAUGCCAAGGCUCAGGCAGUGCUUGUGUGUGGGAUACGACAGCGUUUUUGUCAGCAAUGUAGCAGGUUUGGGAGGUUUCAUGAGUUAGCUGAAUUUGAUGAUGCUAAAAGGAGUUGUCGCCAGCGUUUGGCUGGACACAACGAACGGCGAAGAAAGAACUGCGAGUCCCAGUCGGAAGGCUGGAGCUGCAAAGGGUCAGGCAAGCAGUUGAAGGACAAAACUCGUGAGCAGAGUGAUGAUAGAGGGAGAAUUCAGAACAGCACCCAAGAUAAUGCUACUUAUAAGCAUUUCCAGAUGAGAUAAGAUAAUCUAAUUGCCUGCUGCUUCAAAGCAUGCUCUCUCUCUUCUGUCAUCCUGUGGAUGUGUAUGUCCAUUUUAACUAUUCCUAUGUCGCAUCUUGAGGUGAAAAUAUGGAUUUAGACCAAUGAGUUAUUGUAAGAAACUUGGAGACAGACCUAAGUACCUUCUUAUAUGUAUGCUUAACGAGCGCAAAGUAGUUGGUUUGCCUAAAUGCAUAGCUGGUCAUAAUACUAAGCUAAGCCAGUCAAUAUAACAUUACAAAAGAAUAUGGAUUGUUUUUCUAUUCAUGUUUGAUAUGAAAAUGUAAAAUGUUUUUGAGUAUGGAUAACUUCUGUUGCCAAAACUACAAUGAGACUGUGAAGAAUUGAAUACGAAUGUGGCCAUCUGCUUUAUUUUUCUAUA